AUGGCGGCGCCCAGCGCGGUGGCCGCUGCUACCUCCGGCGAGAGCGAUGGAGGGGGCAGCGGCUUUGAAUCGUGGCUAGACGGACGGUUGGAGGCGCUGGGAGUGGACCGAGCCGUUUACGGUGCCUACAUCCUGGGUGUCCUUCAGGAGGAGGAGGAAGAGGAGAAGCUGGACGCUCUGCAGGGUAUCCUCUCUGCUUUCCUGGAAGAAGAUUCCCUUCUUAACAUCUGCAAGGAGAUUGUGGAACGAUGGUCGGAAACUCAGAAUGUUGUCACCAAAGUGAAAAAAGAAGAUGAGGUCCAGGCCAUUGCCACCCUCAUUGAGAAGCAGGCGCAGAUUGUGGUGAAGCCCAGGAUGGUGUCAGAAGAGGAGAAGCAGAGGAAAGCUGCGCUCCUGGCGCAGUAUGCCGACGUGACAGACGAAGAGGAUGAAGCAGAUGAGAAGGAUGAUUCAGGUGCCACCAUGAUGAGCACUGGUUCUGAGAAAUCCCUGUUUCGAAACACCAACGUGGAAGAUGUCCUUAAUGCCCGAAAACUGGAGCGAGACUCUCUUCGGGAUGAGUCCCAAAGGAAGAAGGAACAGGACAAGCUGCAGAGGGAGAGGGACAAGCUAGCCAAGCAGGAGCGCAAGGAAAAGGAAAAGAAAAGGACUCAAAGAGGAGAGCGAAAGCGAUAA